ACACAAGGAAGGAAGCAACAUGCGCGGAGGGGCACCCAGUCCGCGAUAAGCAGACAGCCUCCCCACCUGCCCACACACACGCACACAAAAAAACAUCAAGUAAAAGAGCCGAAUUUGAGUAAAUCAUUACUGUCGCUUUUACUAGGCUUUGAAGACCGAAAAUGCCUCCGCGCUGGGGAGAAAUGGGCUAGUAGGAGGACACCUCACACCUGCUCUGAGAAAAAUUUUUACCCAGAGAGUCUUAUUAUUAUGUUGACCGCAGUCAGCACAAUGACUGAUGGGGACUAUGAUUAUCUUAUUAAGCUCCUAGCUCUGGGAGACUCUGGAGUAGGGAAGACAACCUUUCUGUACAGAUACACUGACAACAAGUUCAACCCCAAGUUCAUCACAACAGUUGGAAUAGACUUCAGGGAAAAGAGAGUGGUAUACACAGCAACAAGCCCCAAUGGAACCACAGGGAAAACCUUUAAAGUACAUUUGCAGCUCUGGGACACAGCAGGACAGGAACGAUUCAGGAGUCUCACAACAGCUUUCUUCAGAGAUGCCAUGGGGUUCCUGCUCAUGUUUGACCUUACAAGCCAACAGAGCUUUCUAAAUGUCAGGAAUUGGAUGAGCCAGCUUCAAGCCAAUGCAUACUGUGAAAAUCCAGACAUAGUAUUAGUGGGGAAUAAAGCAGACCUAGCAGACCAGAGAGAAGUACAGGAGAAGCAGGCAAAAGAACUAGCAGAUAAGUAUGGGAUUCCUUAUUUUGAGACGAGUGCGGCCACAGGUUCAGAGGUAGACAAGGCAGUGAUCACACUGCUAGACCUGGUGAUGAAGCGCAUGGAGCAGUGUGUGGACAAGCCCCCCCAGGAGCCUCCCAAUGGGGAUGGAUCCAGCAAGUUGGAGGCCAUUCCACCCAACGAGAAGAAGUGUGCAUGUUAGUCUGAUAUCAACGCGCUGGACAGAUGAAAGUAUAACUACAGUUACGUUGCACCACCUGCAGACACCACACUACAAUGGCACAGUCAGCCUUGAGCAGGCAGACUGUGUCCUACCAGUUUGCCUGAGUAAUGCACUAGGGCCUUUUACCACUACUGUUUAUGAAGUCCAUUGUACUGCCUUCGAUGCCAUGCUUCAGUCUCACAUUAUGACCACUGAAAUGAUCAGGUUUAAUUCUGCUUAAACUAUAGCUGAAUUACAACAAAGUUCAUUAUAGUCAAUCAUUGGUAUCUACUGACUCUCUCCUGUUUGGAAGUAUGGCUGUUACUGUCCUUCAAAAUAUUCUGCUGCUCACCCAAUUUAAUUUUUCCCAGCCAGACAAAAGCCAAAUGAUAAGUGGCUGUAAAAAUAGCAUAUCAGCAUUAGAAAUAGCAUGCAGACCUAUUUAAAAAAAUGUCUUCAGCAUUCCUGAAUCAACUCUUAGAGUUAGCCUGUGUUUGUUUACAAUUACUCAAAGGGGCUAUAUGGAAUCAACAUAACUCCUCUUGAAGCAUAACUAAUAGCUGCUCAUUGUGUGCCAAAAAUCAUCUUUAUGUAGUUCAGCAAUUUAAUUUUUUCUAUCAUGGGAUAUUUUUCAGUUUCUGCCAUACACAGCACACAGUAGUAGUGACAUUGCUGCAGUCCUACAAAGUAUUACAAUCUCACACACUUUUAAAUAAGCCUACAUACAAUAUAAAUGUUACUGUUGGUAAAAUGUCAUUUAUUUAAUUUUUUGACAGCAUUUUCAACAGUGAAAAAUACUGUUGUGGAAAGGAAGAGCAUAUAAUAUUUGUACUGUAAAUUCAUAAUUGGGUAAAGCGGAAAUUGUGUAAAGAAUCAAUAGCUUGGCAUGAAAGGUUUUUAAAGGUCAAAUUCUGUGAUGUGCCAUCAGUUCCCAGAAGAUUUUUUUCAUAAGGCAGUGGAUUUCGAACUGCACAAUAGUGGAUGUGUAUCAAACUUCCUACUUGAACUUUUUUACUUUCAAAAUGU